AUGAGUGUCAAGUUUAUCAAAACAAUACUAAAUCCUAAGGAGAUUCCCAUCAAAAAGCCGGAUAAUGAGUAUCCUAAAUGCGAGGACUUCUUUAAACUGCCAGUGAUGUUUUACCACACCAUAGGCCUAGAUCCCUACGAUUCGUCGCGACCUGAAGAUAAGCCGGGAAUUAUGUUCCACAUUUACUUCCUCUGUCACAUGAUCAAUAUGCUGAUGGUGGUGUUUGUAAUUAUAUCUUUUCGGAACAAGGAGAAUUUCCUGGUGUGCUGCAUUCAGAUGGGCUGCAUUGGGUUUAUCUGCGCGGCCGUUGGCAAGGUUGUCUCGGUGAUUUCUCAGAAGCGCAAGAUGACGAACCUGGUAAAGGAGCUUGAGUCCAUUUUUCCACGACCGAUGGAAAAGGAGCACGAGGAGUAUGAUGUAAAAAAAUAUUUGAAAAUCAGCAACCUCUAUGGCAAGUCAUUCGGAAGUGUGUACACGAUUUUGGUGGUGAUCAACAGUAUGUUCGCCCUCAUCGAGUACAUAAUCUUAUGGCUAAUGCACUCUCCGAAUGCCGAGCAAUCGAUGCCUUACGUUGAGUUUGCUCCCUGGGAUUAUCACGACGGAUGGUGUUUUUUCUUGACCUACAUGUCCCAGGCGAUUGCGGGCUAUACGGCCACCUGUGGCCACAUCUCAGCAGAUCUCAUGAUCUUUGCCGUGACCAUGCAGGCCAUCAUGCACUUUGACCGCUUGUCACGAGCUCUCACGGAGUUUCAGUUCAGAUCAGGUGAUGUGGGAGGUGCUGACGAGGACCUAAGGCGACUACAGACUCUGAUCGCCUAUCACAACCGAAUUCUUGGGUAA